UUAGAGUCUGAUAAAAAUGCUCAUUUAUAAGAAAACGCGUCGAAGCAGUUAAGAUGUGCUCAUGUUCAAAUUCCAUGUGGUCCGCACACUCGCACCUGGUUACCAUGGCUACUGGAAAACAACACCAAAAAGCUAUGGCGACACAGAGCUCGGCUCCGAGAGUCGCGUUUGGCAGCUGCCAGAAACGUCUCAUGUUUCCAACGCACUUUGCGCGUGAUCGGAUGGGCAAUGAACUGCUCGCGCUGCGUGGCUCUACAGAGCUAGGACCCGGAUGUUACGACAACCACAAUGUGGGUACUCUUGUGUAUGAUCUCCAACACAAACCUGAGAGUAAAAGGGGUUAUGCCUUAGCAGCUCGCACCGCCCCACGAUUUUUGACUUCUGUUAAGAUGGGCACCCCUUCACCACAGAAAUACCAGGAGGAUUGGGCUCAGCCUACAGUUUGCUCUCCUGGUAAAGCAUCCUUCAACAGUUCAACACAAAGGUUCGGGGUCAAACCCUUAGUAAUGGACAACACCAGUCCUGGUCCAGGGGCAUAUGCACAUGACACCAUCCAAAGCAGGAAGGUGUGUUGGCCUAUGAAAUUUGGCAGUCCAGAUUGGUCAAGAGUGCCUCUUUUGGAGAGAAAGGCACUGCGAACGGAGUUUCUUUUCAUGUGUUCUGUAUGAACGCAGCUUCUUUGUGACAGAGACUUUCGGACACAGAGGAACAGGAUUGCGUAUCUGCGCUUGUACUACUGAUGAAGAAAACUAAAUAAAAAAAUGCAGUAACUACCAAACAAUGCAAGAAUCUUUAUGUAUUUGGUCAUUAAAGCCUCACUAAUAAG